AUGCGCCUUGCACGCCUGGCCCUCGUGGGGCUGUUACUGGCCCUGGGGAGCGCCCGCAUGGCAGCCGCCGCUGCUGGAAGCACCGCCUGCCGCGACAAGCCUGCGCCCGGCGCCUGGUCCUGCAAGCAGCAGCGCGCCUGGGGCAAGUGCGAGGACAAGUGGCUUGUGGCCGGCGGCUGGUGCGUCGCCACCUGCGGCCGCUGCGGCCAGGCGCCCGCCGCCGCCAACAUCCAGGCCGACGCGCCCACGCCCGCCGCCGCCAGCGCUCGGGCCGCCGCCUCCAAGCCUGCCAUCAACGCCCCCAAGCCUGCCGCCAACGCCUCCACCACCACGCCCUCCAAGCUCCUGUCGGGCAACGUGGGCGAGUACGGCAAGGUGCUGGGCAUGUCCUGGCUCUUCAUCUACGCCCAGCGCAGCGGCAAGCUGUCCGCCGCCAACAACCCCAUCGACUGGCGCGGCGACUCACACCUCGCAGACCGCGUGCCGGGCGGCUUCUACGACGCCGGCGACCACCUCAAGCUUAACUUCCCCCUAGCCACCUCCCUCUCCUUCCUGGCCUGGGGCGUGCUGGAGUUCCCGGCCACCUACGCCGCCACAGGGCAGACAAAG